AUGGGGCCCCGGGCCCUCCUCCUGCUGCUCUCGGGGACCUUGGUUCUGACCCAGACACAGGCAGGCCCGCACUCCAUGAGGUAUUUCCUCUCCGCCAUGUCCCCGCCGGGCCGAGGGGAGCCCCGCUUCAUCACCGUCGGCUACGUGGACGACACGCAGUUCGUGCGGUUCGACAGCGACGCCCCGAAUCCGAGGAUGGAGCCGCGGGCGCCCUGGGUGGAGCGGGAGGGGCCGGAGUAUUGGGAGCUGGAGACACAGAUCGCAAAGCGCACUGCCCAGUUUUACCGAGCGGGCCUGGAGAACCUGCGCAGCUACUACAACCAGAGCGAGGACGGGUCUCACACCAUCCAGAGAAUGUAUGGCUGUGACCUGGGUCCCGACGGGCGCCUCCUCCGUGGGUAUGAGCAGUUUGCCUAUGAUGGCCGUGAUUACUUCGCUCUGAACGAGGACCUGCGCUCCUGGACCGCAGCUGACAAGGUCGCUCAUAUCACCAAGCGCAAGUGGCAGGACAGCGAUGAGGCUGAGAGAACAAGAGCCUACCUGGAGGGCCCCUGUGUGGAGUGGCUCCAAAGAUACCUGGAGAAUGGAAAGGAGACACUGCAGCGCUCAGAUCCCCCAAAGACACAUGUGACUCACCACCACAACUCUGACCACAAGGUCACACUGAAGUGCUGGGCGCUGGGCUUCUACCCUGCGGAGAUCACUCUGACCUGGCAGCGGGAUGGGGAGGAUCAGACCCAGGACAUGGAGCUCGUGGAGACCAGGCCUUCAGGGGACGGAACCUUCCAGAAGUGGGUGGCCUUGAAUAGUCCCCCUGGAGAAGAGCAGAGAUACACGUGCCAUGUGCAACAUGAGGGGCUGCCUGAACCCCUCACCCUGAGAUGGGAACCUUCCCAGCCCACUAUCCCUACCAUAGGAGUCAUCAUUGGCCUGAUUGUCUGUGGAAUCUUGGUCCUUGUAAUUGUGGUGGCUGGAGCUGUGAUCUGGAGGAAGAAGAGCUCAGGUGGAAAAGGAGGCAGCUAUGUUCAAGCUGCAGGCAAUGACAGUAACCAGGGCUCCGAUGUGUUUCUCAUAGCCUCUAAAGGUAAGACCCUGGAGAGAUGGGACUGCAGCAUCUCCAGCAGUGAUAUAACUUCCUGUUCCUCUGAGCUGCAGUGUCUCCCUUCUUUAUCUAAAAGCAGAAUGUCUGGCUCUCACACCACCACUGCUGUGGACUCCGGCAGCUAUCUCGCCAGAGUCCUUGAGCUCGCACUCUUUGUCAUCCUCUGUAUCGGAUCACCAGCAUGGCCCAUCAUGUCAGACGCGGCUGUGGACACCAGCUCUGAGAUCACCACCAAGGACUUAAAGGAGAAGAAGGAGGUUGUGCAGGAAACAGAAAAUGGAAGAGAUGCACCCACUAAUGGGACCGCUAACGAGGAAAAUGGGGAAAAGGAGGCUGACAAUGAGGUAGACGAGGAAUAG